AUGACUUCCGAGGCAUACGAUCGAUGGCUGAAGGACGCUGAGCCUUGGGCCGUUGAAGACGACUGGAACCCAGAAGAGUAUCUUAAAUGGGUAACCCGUCUCAAUGAGGCAAAAGCGAAUCUGGAUGACAAAUUUGCCGAGGUUGAUGCAUGGCUUCUCGGUCAGUCGUUUCAGAUGUCCGAGAAACACCAUGAUGCCAUUAUGAAAAGCCGACCCAACGGUGAUUAUGGCAAUGUCAACAACUACGAUAUCUCCAAAUUGUUCGUCCGUCCUAUCAUUGCCUACACCUUCUAUCAGCGAAACACAUUUGAAGAGAUACCGGAGAAAUCUCUUGUAAAGCGUGUGCAAACCCAUUUGUCGGCUCUGGGUAUCCCAAUGAUGGAUAUAGAUGUGGCGCAGAUGCUGCAGUACGCUGCUGACGGGGUCCCUGUCGAGGAGGCUGUAGAGAAGCACCUUCGCGACUACGUGAAGAAGAUUAGGGAGAGUGCAGAUGUAGCCAAGUCUUAUGAUCAUUAUGGGCUAGGCUAUGACACUUGUAUUCUUGUCAGCAGACUCCAGCAAACUAGAGUCAACGGCGGUCCAGUAGAUCGAUCGAAAAUUGCACAGAUAUUCAACGACAUCAACGCAGAUCGAGUAAAGGAAGGUCACAAACCUCGGGAAGAAUCCAUGCUCAAGAACAUCGAAGCUGCUUUCAGCGAUGAUGACAAGAUGGAGCUGUGGUUGAAGAGAUGUGCAGAGCCCAUGGUUAGGAACGACGAUGGUGACAACCAUGCGGCGACAGCUCUCGAGGUACUCAUAGAUGCUGGAGACUUGAAGACACUAGUAGGAUGGUCAGUGACGCAGGAGAGAGAGCAGUGCUCGUGGGAGGCUACUAUCGGCCCUGCUGUCAAGGCUCUUAGAAGACUUGGAAGGACAAGUGCAGGCAAGGACAUGCAGAAAUUGGCUGAAUACGCCAAGGCUCAUCAAAAGCCUGUAAAGGUCUAG